AUGUCGCACCUCUCCAGCCUCUUCGACCAGCUGGACACCAACGGGGACGGCGUCAUCUCCAGGGCCGAGUACGCCGCGGCUGGGCGGGGAGGUCGGGUGCGCUCGCCGCCGGGCGGCGCCAGCUCGGGCGGCCUCUCCCCCGCGCCGAUGGCCGUCGCGAGCGUGAGCAGCGGCGCCGCCGACAUCGAGGCGAUCGAGGUGAUGAAGUCCGAGCACUACGCGGCACAGAUGAGCCUCAACAAAGAGCAGGUUGCGAUCUUCAGCCGGGACAUGGACCGGUUGCAGCAGGCCGUCGCUCAGUUGCAGGAGCGCCCAGCCUCACGUCCAUGGGCGAAGGUUGCGCGAAGCUCGUCGACCGCGUCGCCUACCUGGAGAGGGACGUGGGCGACUCCUUCGAGAAGCACGUGA